UUCCGAUCGGAGCAUUUCUGAGCUCAAGGCUUCGAAAACGUCCUUAGAUCUGAUCCUUUGCAAGUGCUUAGAUCCUUGCAACCAAUGUGGUGCUGCGUUGAGAAAGAUGACGGCACUCGAAUGGAGGACUCGAUUGUGAACUCAGUUUCUGCUUUGCCAGAGACUGGGAAUGGUCAGGGAAAGGAAGCCAAAGAGGUAGCAACUCAGUUGCCGCCAGCGAAAUCCGUCGAACCGGUGAAAGCAAAGCCAGCAACACCUGUGGUGCCAGCGAAGCCUGACUUUGGUGCCUUCAGCUUGCUGAUUCCCACGAGGGAUUUUGCAUCCCUCGGAUUGGUUCUUGAUACAACCAGCGAUUCCAGACCGAUGAUCACGGAGGUGAAACCUGGUGCCGUCCGGAAGUUCAAUGAGCUCAAUCCAAGCCAGAGCAUCAUGCCAUACGAUGUGAUCUUAGCCCUUGAUGAAGCAACCAGUGUGAAAGAGAUUGGUGAAAAGUUGAGUUCGGCAGAGUUCCCCACCGCCAUGGCUAUGAAGUUGAGUCGGCCCCGGCGACUUCCAGUGCACCUGUGCAAGAUCAAGAAAGCCGAGAGCCUUGGGGUGAAGUUGGAAUACCGCGAUGAUUCCAUGGGGGUCGUGAUCCAACAGCUGAACACUCACGGCUUGCUGCCCCGAUGGAACGCCGAGAAUCUCAAGGAUGCCGUGGGAGCAGGGGACCGGAUCAUCGCGGUGAACGGAAAACGAGCUUCGAGCCCAGAGAUCGUGGAGAUGAUCAAAGAGGAGAGCAAGUUGGACUUCACUGUACUCAAGUACUGAGCGGGUUUGCCGGGUUGGUCAUGAUCUCGCCCUGGCCAAUGAGGCCUCAUAUGGCCUGAUUGUUGUGGCUUUGGCCAUGACAUGCCAGGACAAGAACAGGCUUCCUCAACUGGCUUUCAGAAGCCUUAUUUUAAGGACCCCGGACCCCUCAAUUUCUGUGCACUUUUGCACUUUACGCCAUUUGCAUGGUGAUAUGCUCAUGCAGUUCCAAAGGUAUCAUGAGACACCGUGCUGCUUGCUUUGCAAAAGCAUAGACCGGCAAAGACUUGACGUUGCAGUUUCCACAAAAAAGGUCAAGCAGAGCUUUCCAUGAUGUUCCCUCCAUUUGCGC